UCAGUUUCCCUAUGUGCCCAGGGCCCGAAAGGCAGAUGUGGGGUAGGGGUGCGGGCUCUCAGCGUCGGGAGGUCUUCCGUGGGAGAGCUGGAAAACAGGCGAGUGCUGCCCCAGGGUGGGCAGAAGGGCCGGAAAAAGAAGGGUCGCCAGGUGGGGCUCAGGCUGGCGGAGGAGGGGCGGGCUCUAGGCGCCGCCGCCUUCGUCUCACCCCCACCCCGGCUCCGGAGGCCCGGAGGCUCCUUCUGCCACCCGCGCCGGCUCCUGCCCGCUCCCCAGCUCGCCCCCGGCCCCGCCUCCGACUCCGCCCCGCCCCCGCCUGUCCCCUCCUCGCCCGGCCGCCGGCCCGGCCCCCUCCCCCGCCAUGAAGAAGCUGUGGGUGAAGAAGCGUUUCCAGAAAACCGGCCAUUCCCGCCGGGCCUUUGGCCGACUUACCCAUGCGAAGUUUUCCGCUCCUGCAGAAAGCAAAGUUACGACUCGGAGACUGCUGAGGAUGACAUCAGCGAUGUGCAAGGGACCCAGCGCCUGGAGCUUCGGGAUGACAGGGCCUUCAGCACCCCCACAGGGGGCUCUGACACCCUGGUGGGCACCUCCUUGGACACACCCCCGACCUCCGUGACUGGUACCUCAGAGGAACAAGUGAGCUGGUGGGGCAGCGGGCAGACGGUCCUGGAGCAGGAAGCGGGCAGCGGGGGUGGCACCCGCCCCCUCCUAGGCAGCCCAAGGCAAGCACAGACAACCGGGGCCGGGCCACGGCACCUGGGGGUGGAGCCGCUGGUGCGGGCCUCGCGAGCUAAUCUGGUGGGCGCAAGCUGGGGGUCAGAGGAUAGCCUUUCGGUGGCCAGUGACCUGUAUGGCAGCGCGUUCAGUCUGUACAGAGGACGGGCGCUCUCGAUCCACGUCAGCAUUCCUCAGAGUGGUUUGCGCAGAGAGGAGCCUGACCUUCAGCCUCAACCAGCCAGUGAUGCCCUUCGUCCACGCCCUGCCCUUCCGCCUCCCUCCAAGUCCGCGCUGCUCCCCCCACCAUCUCCUCGGGUGGGCAAAAGGGCUCUGCCAGGACCUAGCGCCCAACCCCCAGCUACUCCCACUUCGCCCCAUCGGCGAACUCAGGAGCCCUCGCUGCCUGAGGACACCGUCGCCGAAGAGAAGAGAGGGAAGAAGCCUAAGUCCUCGGGGCCGUCGCUGGCGGGCACGGUGGAGUCCCGGCCCCAGACGCCACUGAGCGAGGCCUCUGGCCGCCUGUCCGCGCUGGGCCGCUCGCCCCGGCUGGUGCGUGCGGGCUCCCGCAUCCUGGAUAAGCUGCAGUUCUUCGAGGAGCGGCGACGCAGCCUGGAGCGCAGCGACUCGCCGCCAGCGCCCCUGCGGCCCUGGGUGCCCCUGCGCAAAGCCCGCUCGCUGGACCAGCCCAAGUCCGAGGGCGGCGCGGCGUGGGGUACGCCCGGGGCCUCGCAGGAGGAGCUGCGGUCACCCCGGGGCAGCGUGGCAGAGCGGCGUCGCCUGUUCCAGCAAAAGGCGGCCUCGCUGGAUGAGCGUACGCGACAGUGCAGCGCAGCCUCGGACCUUGAGCUCCGCUUUGCCCAGGAGCUGGGCCGGAUCCGCCGAUCUGCGUCGCGGGAGGAGCUGGUGCGUUCGCACGAGUCCCUGCGCGCCACUCUGCAGCGCGCCCCAUGCCCUCGAGAGCCCGGCGAGCCCCCACUCUUCUCCCAGCCCUCCACACCCAAGACCUCACGGGCGGUGAGCCCGGCUGCCACCCAGCCGUCUCCUCCCAGCGGCGCGGGCAAAUCGGGAGACGAGCCUGGGAGGCCCCGCAGCCGAGGACCGGUGGGCAGGACAGAACCAGGGGAAGGCCCGCAGCAGGAGAUUAAGCGCAGGGACCAGUUCCCACUAACCCGGAGCAGAGCCAUCCAGGAGUGCAGAAGCCCUGUGCCUCCCGCCUCUGCUGAUGCCCCAGAGAGCAGGACAAGAGCCCCCUCUGGCCGGAAGCGGGAACCCCCAGCCCAAACAGUGCGCUUUCUGCCCUGGGCCACUCCGGUCGUGGAGGACUCGGCUCUGCCCCAGACCUUGGAGAAGAACAGAGCGGGGCCUGAGGCUGAGAAGAGGCUUCGCAGAGGACCUGAGGAGGAUGGUCCCUGGGGAGCCUGGGACCGCAGAGGGACCCGCCAAGGCAAAGCUCGCCGUGCUCGGCCUACUUCCCCUGAGCUCGAGUCCUCAGACGAUUCCUAUGUAUCCGCUGGGGAAGAGCCCCUGGAGGCGCCCGUGUUUGAGAUACCCCUGCAAAACAUGGUGGUGGCACCAGGAGCUGACGUGCUACUCAAGUGUAUCAUCACCGCCAACCCCCUGCCCCAAGUGUCCUGGAAGAAGGACGGGUCGACGCUGCACAGCGAGGGUCGCCUUCUCAUCCGGGCUGAGGGCGAGCGGUACACGCUGCUGCUCAGGGAGGCCCGGGCUGCCGACGCCGGGAGCUACACAGCCACUGCCACCAAUGAACUAGGCCAGGCCAGCUGUGCUUCCUCGCUAGCCGUGAGACCUGGCGGGUCCACAUCUCCUUUCAGCAGUCCCAUCACCUCUGAUGAGGAGUACCUGAGCCCCCCAGAGGAGUUCCCAGAGCCUGGGGAGACCUGGCCCCGAACCCCUACCAUGAAGCUCAGCCCCAGCCAGGAUCGGGAUUCCUCUGACUCUUCCUCCAAGGCCCCCCCAACCUUCAAGGUCUCGCUCAUGGACCAAUCGGUAAGAGAAGGCCAAGACGUCAUCAUGAGCAUCCGAGUGCAGGGAGAGCCCAAGCCUGUGGUCUCCUGGCUGAGAAAUCGUCAACCAGUGCGCCCAGACCAGCGGCGCUUCGCAGAGGAGGCCGAGGGUGGGCUCUGCCGGUUGCGGAUCCUGGCCGCCGAGAGGGGCGAUGCUGGCUUCUACACCUGCAAGGCAGUCAACGAGUAUGGCGCUCGGCAGUGUGAGGCCCGCCUGGAGGUCCGAGCACACCCUGAAAGCCGGUCCCUGGCCGUGCUGGCCCCUCUGCAGGACGUGGACGUGGGGGCCGGGGAGAUGGCGCUGUUUGAGUGCCUGGUGGCAGGUCCAGCUGACGUGGAGGUAGACUGGCUGUGCCGUGGCCGCCUGCUGCAGCCCGCGCUGCUCAAAUGCAAGAUGCAUUUUGAUGGCCGCAAAUGCAAGCUACUGCUCACCUCUGUACAUGAGGACGACAGUGGUGUCUACACCUGCAAGCUGAGCACAGCCAAAGAUGAACUGACGUGCAGUGCCCGGCUGACGGUCCGGCCAUCGCUGGCGCCUCUGUUCACCCGGUUGCUGGAAGAUGUAGAGGUGCUUGAAGGCCGCGCUGCCCGCUUGGAUUGCAAGAUCAGUGGUACCCCACCUCCCUCUGUUUCCUGGACUCAUUUUGGCCACCCCAUAAAGGAGAGUGAGAACUUGCGGCUGCAACAGGAUGGGGGCCUACACUCACUGCACAUUGCCCGGGUGGGCAGUGAGGAUGAGGGACUUUAUGAAGUCAGUGCCACCAACACCCAUGGCCAGGCCCACUGUUCUGCUCAGCUAUAUGUGGAGGAGCCUCGGACAGCUGCCUCUGGCCCCAGCUCGAAGCUGGAGAAGAUGCCAUCCAUCCCUGAGGAGCCAGAGCAUGGAGAUCUGGAGAGGCUGUCCAUUCCCGACUUCCUGCGGCCACUGCAAGAUCUGGAAGUGGGGCUGGCUAAGGAGGCCAUGCUGGAGUGCCAAGUGACCGGCCUGCCCUAUCCCACCAUCAGCUGGUUCCACAAUGGCCACCGCAUUCAAAGCAGUGAUGAGCGACGCAUGACACAGUACAGAGAUAUACAUCGCCUGGUGUUCCCAGCUGUGGGGCCUCAGCACGCUGGUGUCUAUAAGAGUGUCAUCGCCAACAAGCUGGGCAAAGCUGCCUGCUACGCCCACCUCUACGUGUCAGAUGUGGUUCCAGGCCCUCCGGAUGGUGCUCCGAAAGUAGUGGCUGUGACAGGGAGGAUGGUCACGCUAUCCUGGAACCCACCCAGGAAUCUGGACAUGGCUAUUGACCCAGAUUCCCUGACGUACACUGUGCAGCACCAGGUGUUAGGCUCGGACCAGUGGACGGCGCUGGUCACGGGCCUGCGGGAGCCUGAGUGGGCAGCCACAGGGCUGAAGAAGGGACUCCAGUACAUCUUCAGGGUCCUCAGCACCAGCGGCAAGAGCAGCAGCAAGCCCUCGGCGCCGUCGGAGCCUGUGCAGCUGUUAGAGCGUGGCCCACCCCUGGAAGAGGCCCCUGCUGUGCUGGACAAACCAGACGUUGUGUAUGUGGUAGAGGGCCAGCCGGCUUGUGUCACUGUCACCUUUAACCACGUGGAGGCCCAGGUUGUCUGGAGGAGCUGCCGAGGAGCCCUCCUAGAGGCACGCACGGGCGUGUAUGAACUGAGGCAGCCAGAUGACGACCGGUAUUGUCUUCGGAUCUGCCGGGUGAGCCGCCGAGACCUGGGGCCCCUUACCUGUACUGCCCGGAACCGCCAUGGCACAAAGGCCUGCUCGGUCACUCUGGAGCUGGCAGAGGCCCCUCGGUUUGAGUCUAUCAUGGAAGAUGUGGAGGUGACGCCUGGAGAAACCGCUCGCUUUGCUGUGGUAGUUGAGGGGAAGCCACUGCCGGACAUCAUGUGGUACAAGGAUGAGGAGCUGCUGGCCGAGAGCAAUCACGUGAGCUUCGUGUACGAGGAGAACGAGUGUUCCCUGGUGGUGCUCAGUGCUGGGAGCGAGGAUGGAGGCGUCUACACCUGUACAGCCCGAAACCUGGCAGGCGAAGUCUCUUGCAAGGCAGAGUUGUCUGUUCAUUCAGCUCAGACAGCGAUGGAGGUCGAGGGGGUCGGAGAGGAGGAGGAGCACCGAGGAAGAAGACUUAGCGACUACUAUGACAUCCACCAAGAGAUCGGCAGGGGUGCCUUCUCCUACCUGCGGCGUGUGGUGGAGCGGAGCUCUGGCUUGGAGUUUGCAGCCAAGUUCAUCCCUAGCCAGGCCAAGCCCAAGGCAUCAGCUAGACGUGAGGCCCGGUUGCUGGCACGGCUCCAGCAUGACUGUGUGCUCUAUUUCCACGAAGCCUUCGAGAGGCGCCGGGGACUCGUCAUUGUCACGGAGCUCUGUACAGAAGAGCUUCUAGAGCGCAUGGCCAGGAAGCCCACCGUGUGUGAGUCUGAGACCCGGGCCUAUAUACGGCAAGUGCUAGAGGGAAUAUGCUACCUGCACCAGAGCCAUGUGCUGCACCUGGAUGUCAAGCCGGAGAACCUGUUAGUCUGGGAUGGUGCAGGGGGUGAAGAGCAGGUGCGCAUCUGUGACUUCGGCAACGCCCAGGAACUCACUCCAGGGGAGCCCCAGUACUGUCAAUACGGCACACCAGAGUUUGUAGCACCUGAGAUUGUCAACCAAAGCCCCGUGUCCGGAGUCACUGACAUCUGGCCCGUGGGUGUCGUUGCCUUCCUCUGUUUAACGGGCAUCUCUCCAUUUGUGGGGGAGAACGAUCGGACAACACUGAUGAAUAUCCGAAACUACAACGUGGCAUUUGAGGAGAACACGUUCCUGAGUCUGAGCAGGGAGGCCCGGGGCUUCCUCAUCAAAGUGCUGGUGCGGGAUCAGCUGAGACCCACUGCAGAAGAGACACUGGAACAUCCUUGGUUCAAAACACAAGCAAAGGGUGCCGAGGUGAGCACGGACCACCUGAAGCUCUUUCUGUCCCGGAGGAGGUGGCAGCGCUCCCAGAUCAGCUACAAGUGCCACCUGGUGCUGCGCCCCAUUCCGGAGCUACUGCGGGCUCCCCCAGAGCGGGUGUGGGUGGCCAUGCCCAGAAGAUCACCCCCGAGCGGGGGACUUUCGUCCUCUUCAGAUUCGGAAGAGGAAGAGUUGGAGGAACUUCCCUCAGUGCCCCGCCCCCUGCAGCCUGAGUUCUCAGGUUCCCGGGUGUCCCUCACCGACAUCCCCACAGAAGAUGAGGCUCUAGGGACCCUGGACGUUGGGGCUGUCACUCCCAUGGACUGGCAAGAGCAAGGAAGGGCUCCCUCUAAGGACCAGGAGGCCCCCAGCCCUGAGGCACUCCCCUCUCCAGGCCAGGAGCCCCAAGAUGGGCCUAGCCCCAGGCGGCCAGAGCUCCGUAGGGGCAGCUCAGCUGAGAGCGCCCUGCCCCGGGUCGGGUCGCGGGAGCCGGGCCGGAGCCUGCACAAGGCAUCCUCUGUGGAGCUGCCGCAGCGCAGGAGCCCCAGCCCGGGUGCCACCCGCCUGACCCGGGGAGGCCUGGGUGAGGGCGAGUACGCACAGAGGCUGCAGGCCCUGCGUCAGCGUCUGCUGCGGGGAGGCCCCGAGGAUGGCAAGGUCAGCGGCCUCCGGGGCCCCCUGCUGGAGAGCCUGGGGGGCCGCGUUCGGGAUCCCAGGAUGGCUCGGGCUGCCUCGAGUGAGGCUGCACCCCACCACCCGCCCCCUCCCGAGUCGCGGGGCCUGCAGAAGAGCAGCAGCUUCUCUCAGGGUGAGGCCGAGCCCCGGGGUCGGCACCGGCGCGCGGGGGCGCCCCUCGAAAUCCCCGUCGCCAGGCUUGGAGCCCGCAGGCUGCAGGAAUCUCCCUCUUUAUCUGCCCUUAGCGAGACGCAGCCACCCAGCCCCGCCAAGCCCAGUGGCCCCACACCCAGUAUCACCAAGUCCCCGGAACCUCCUGCUGCGACAUCCAGAGACUCUCCCCAGCCCCCACCCCCCCAGUCUGUCCCAGAGAAGGUACCAGAGCCUAAAUCAGAACCAGUCCGAGCUGCCAAACCAGCACAGCCCCCUUUGGCUCUGCAGAUGCCAGUUCAGCCUCUCACCCCCUAUGCCCAGAUCAUGCAGUCACUCCAGCUGUCCAGUUCCAGCCAGUCCCCACAGGGCCCCGCUGUGCCUCCCUCAGAGCCCAAGCCCCACGCGGCCGUAUUUGCCAGGGUGGCCUCCCCACCUCCAGGAGCCUCCGAGAAGCGCGUGCCUUCGGCCAGAACUCCCCCAGUGCUAGCUGAGAAAGCCCGAGUCCCCACGGUGCCCCCCAGGCCAGGCAGCAGCCUCAGCGGCAGCAUCGAGAACCUGGAGUCCGAGGCUGUGUUUGAGGCUAAGUUCAAGCGGAGCCGCGAAUCGCCGCUGUCGCGGGGCCUGCGGCUGCUGAGCCGCUCGCGCUCCGAGGAGCGCGGUCCCUUCCGUGGGGCAGAGGAGGAUGGCAUAUACCGGCCUAGCCCGGCGGGAACUCCGCUAGAGCUGGUGCGACGGCCUGAGCGCUCGCGCUCCGUGCAGGACCUCAGGGUAGCGGGGGAGCCCGGCCUUGUGCGGCGCCUCUCACUGUCCUUGUCGCAGAAGCUGCGGCGGACCCCACCCGGGCAGCGACACCCGGCCUGGGAGUCCCGCAGUGGAGACGGGGAGAGCUCCGAGGGCGGUAGCUCAGCGCGGGGCUCCCCGGUGCUGGCCGUGCGCAGGAGACUCAGCUCAACGCUGGAGCGCCUGUCCAGCCGUUUGCAGCGCAGCGGCAGCAGCGAGGACUCCGGCGGUGGCUCCGGGCGCAGCACACCGUUGUUUGGACGGCUGCGCAGGGCCACUUCCGAAGGGGAGAGCCUGCGACGCCUCGGGGUUCCCCAAAAUCAGCUGGCCUCUCAGGCUGGUGCCGCCACACCUUCCGCGGAGUCUCUGGGCUCAGAGGCCAGCGGCACAUCCGGUUCCUCGGCUGCAGGGGAAAGCCGAAGCCGGCGCCGGUGGGGCCUUUCCAGGCUGCGCAAGGACAAGGGCUUCUCGCAGCCAAACCUGUCCGGCAGUGUCCAAGAGGACUUAGGUCACCAAUACGUGCCCAGUGAGUCAGAUUUCCCUCCAGUCUUCCACAUCAAACUCAAGGACCAGGUGCUGCUGGAGGGGGAAGCAGCCACCCUGCUCUGCCUACCCGCAGCCUGCCCAGCACCCCGCAUCUCCUGGAUGAAAGAUAAACAGUCCCUGCGUUCAGAGCCCUCAGUGGUCAUUGUAUCCUGCAAAGAUGGACGGCAGCUGCUGAGCAUACCCCGGGCUGGCAAGCGGCAUGCUGGGCUCUAUGAGUGCUCGGCAACCAAUAUCUUGGGCAGCAUUACCAGCUCCUGUACUGUGGCUGUGGCCCGCAUCCCUGGAAAGCUAGCGCCUCCAGAGGUGCCCCAGACCUACCAUGAUACAGCACUGGUGCUGUGGAAGCCAGGAGACAGCCGGGCACCUUGCACAUACACUCUGGAGCGGCGGGUAGAUGGGGAAUCUGUCUGGCACGCUGUGAGCUCAGGUAUCCACGACUGUUACUACAACGUGACACACUUGCCCGUUGGUGUGACUGUGAGGUUCCGUGUGGCCUGUUCCAACCGUGCUGGGCAGGGACCCUUCAGCAACCCUUCUGAGAAGGUCCUCAUCAGAAGCGCUCAAGAUUCUUCAGCACAGCCAGCUGAUGCUCCUCAAGAUGCCCUUGUUACCUCAGGGCCAGCCAGGGCCCCACCUCCUGACUCUCCUACCUCACUGGUCCCCACCCCAGCUCUUGCUCCCCCAGUUGCCCAGGCAGCCACUCUCAGCACCUCAACUUCCCCUACGUCUGUCAGGCAGGCCUUGUCCUCACUCAAGGCCAAGGGUCCACCGCCCCAAACCCCUCCACGAAAGCACAGGGGGCUGCUGGCUGCCCAGCAAGCAGAGGCCACCCUACCCAGUAUCCAGGUCACCCCAAGUGAACCCAGAUCUUCUCUCCCUGACACUGGAACCCUGACCCCAACCUCUAUUCCUCAAGUGGUUAAACCAGCACCUUCCUCAUCUUCCCUGUAUAUGGUGACUUCCUUCGUGUCUGCACCUCCAGCCCCUGAGCCCCCAGCCCCUGAGCCCCCUCCUGAGCCCACCAACGUGACUGUCCGGAGCCUCAGCCCAGCCAAGGAGGUGGUCAGCUCCCCAACACCGGAAAGUACCACUCUUCGACAGGGCCCCCCUCAGAAACCCUACACCUUCCUGGAGGAGAAGGCCAGGGGCCGCUUUGGCGUUGUGCGAUCGUGCCGGGAGAACGCUACAGGCCGCACGUUCGUUGCCAAGAUUGUGCCGUAUGCGGCAGAGGGCAAGCGACGGGUGCUACAGGAGUACGAGGUGCUGCGGACGCUGCACCAUGAGAGGCUCAUGUCCCUGCACGAGGCCUACAUCACCCCUCGGUACCUCGUGCUCAUUGCUGAGAGCUGUGGCAACCGGGAGCUCCUCUGUGGGCUCAGCGACAGAUUCCGGUAUUCAGAAGAUGACGUGGCCACCUAUGUGGUGCAGCUGCUACAAGGCCUGGACUACCUCCACGGCCGCCAUGUACUGCACCUGGACAUCAAGCCAGACAAUCUGCUGUUGGCCGCUGACAAUGCCCUUAAGAUCGUGGACUUUGGCAGUGCCCAGCCCUACAACCCUCAGGCCCUGAAGCCCCUUGGACACCGCACAGGCACUCUGGAGUUCAUGGCUCCUGAGAUGGUGAAGGGAGACCCCAUUGGCUCAGCCACAGACAUCUGGGGAGCGGGUGUGCUCACCUACAUCAUGCUUAGUGGAUACUCCCCAUUCUAUGAGCCAGACCCCCAGGAAACAGAGGCUCGGAUUGUGGGGGGCCGCUUUGAUGCCUUCCAGUUGUAUCCUAACACAUCCCAGAGUGCCACACUCUUCUUAAGAAAGGUCCUCUCCGUCCAUCCCUGGAGCCGGCCCUCACUGCAGGACUGCCUGGCCCACCCAUGGCUGCAAGAUGCCUAUCUGAUGAAGCUGCGCCGGCAGACACUCACCUUUACCACCAACCGGCUCAAGGAAUUCCUGGGCGAACAGCGACGACGCCGGGCCGAGGCUGCCACCCGUCACAAGGUGCUGCUCCGCUCCUACCCUGGCAGCCCCUAGGUGGCAUGGACCACAGCCCAGCCACGGGCUUCAACUCGGGUUCCCACUCAUGCUGCCUAGGACAUUCCAGAGCCCAUGCUGAGCUGGACGGGCCGGGGUGGGGGGGCUUCAGAUACCAGCAGCAGCAACAUCUGGCUGGCCUAUUACCUCAUGGACCUAAAGGGACAAGGCCCCUGGGGCUUGAGCCGGAUGUCACCCCGGCCAAAACCCAGAAUGGGAGACCCACUGGCCAGGCUGGGCAAGGGUGAGAACAGAAAGAGGCAAGAAGGGAGUGGAGAAGUGAAGAGUGAAAAACAGAGGAUAGAAAGGGAGGAACUUGUGGAAGGUUCUGGGAUGGGGUGGGAGUGGUAUAUCUCAGGGAGAACCCAGUAGAGGAAGUGGCUGAGGAGGAAGAAGGAUCCCAUGGUGUGGGAACAGUAAGCCGGGAGAGAGGAUAGGAGAGGAAGACAGGACAUAGAGACAGUGCCAGGAGCCAGAGCAGAGAUAUAAGGGAGGGCAGAAAGGUGGAAUGGGAGCAGGCUGGGGAGGGGGGGCAGGCCAGGCCAGCAGCUGCAUCUUCAGAAAGAGAAAGGAGAAAGGCAAAAAGAUAUGUGCCUAAGGUCACUCAAGCUGGUCUCCUAUCCCA